AUGGAAAUUUGGACUAAAGACACAACUCAACAGAGUACUGAUGAAGAUACGAUUAACGAGGAAACAAACCAAAUUCCAUUAAAAAAUGAUACGGAACCAAUAAUUAAAACUGAUUUAGAAAAACGAGUUGAAGACGUAAAAGUAAUACUCGACAAUAUACAAACACAAAAUAAACAAGAUUCAAGUUUAAACUGCCAUAGCACUACAGAUAUUAAAAUCCACGAAGAAAUAAAUCAUUGUAAAAUAGCAGAAGUCCUAAGAGUUAUACCAAUUAUAGAAAAAAAUCUACAAACACUUACUGACAAAGUAUCUUGUCUAUCUGACUUAUUUGAUAUGAAAAAUCUGAAUGCCAAAAUAGUAACGGACCACAAUGCUAUUCCCAACAAUACUAAUACAAUUACUGCUUUAAAGUCUGUAGAUGAAUCGAACAGUAUGAAGGAUACAACAACGCAGAAAAAGAAAAAAACAACAUUAGGAAAAAUUUCCAAAAAGAGCAAGAAAACGCCAAACAACAAACAAAAAGUAAUAAAUAAAAAAAAUAAAACUGAUAAAAAGGAAGAUAAAUCUGAAAUAAAUCCUAUCGAAAUUAUUAAUCAAAAUAAUCAAGUAACAAAUACCGAGAAUUUACCUCAAAGUGUUAAGACAGAUAAUCAAUUGCCCAAUUUAGAUGGUCGAUUAGAAUGCUUAUUUACAAAAAUACAGUCAGCAUUGUCGCAAUUUAAAAUCGAUCAAGAAAAUGAAAAAUCGAAAAUUAUGGUUCACCUAACAGGAUUGGAAAAUAAAAUGAACAGAAACGAAGUGAACAUAGAUAAAUUAAUAUGCAAUGUCAAACAAUUAGGUAAAAAUAACGAAUACGCAGUUAUGACAAGCAAACCAAGUAAUGUGGAAAAAGAAACUAAACAAGAAUUACAAAAAAGUAUAAACGAUAUUAAAAUGUGCAUCGAUUACCUUAUACAACCUGAUAUACCACUAACUCAACAGUGUAUUACUACCGAUGCUCCAAACAUUAACACCAACGUUAACAGCGCGUGUAACUCGAAUCGAUGUGUUUGCAAAUUAAUAGACAAUACUAAUUCUGAUACUUUACAGGUUAUAAAUUCACACCAUGAUAACAAUAAAAUAAAAUACGGUGAUAUAAUUUUAAGCGAGUUUUUAAAAGCAAAAUUAACUUUGGAAAUGAUUAAACGGAGUGAGCAUAGUGAGCAUCAACAAAUAGUGCAUGCAAAUACAUUUUCGAAUCAAAUCGAUGACAAAAAAAAUAGUAAUUUAUCAGUAUGUUUAAAAAAAACAAGCCAUCCGAAAGAUGAUUGUGUCCAAAAAUUAAAUGUAGAACAAAAUAUUAAUCAGUUAACUUUAUGUCCCAAGCAAUCUGUCCAUCAUUUUUUUAAAAACGAUACUAAAUCAAACCAACCAAUUUCAAAGAAAUCAUCUUGUGAAAAAAACCAAAUUUGUGAUUUUCUUUCGUCUCAACCAAUCCCAGAAUGGAUAAGACGGAAUCAGAAUCUCGUUACAUCGGAUAAUUCAUGUGGAACAGACGCCAAAUGCCCGCAAACAAAUUGCAAUUCAUAUGCUAAUAAGUUUUAUAAUAUUGAACGAAUAGUAAAGGAAAGCUGUAGUAAUAAUAACACAGACGGUAUAGUUUACGAAAUUACACAAAAACAAAAUAUUCCAGAAGAUAAUAAGGACCACACUUUCAAAGAACACAAUUUAGUACCAUGUAAUAGUCUAAACAAAAAUCCUUGGACCGUGUAA